AUGACCACCACCGAGAACUCAAACAACACUCCAGUUGAUACUCAACAGCAACAGCAGCCUGCCAAUGGCGAAACGACUACGACUAGCAGCGGCACUACUUCAAAUGAGCAGCCUUCAACACCAUUGACAAGCAGCACCAAUAGCAACUCUGGUGAGACAAACCAGGCUGUCAAGUACACCGCUGUCAAGGAUGUCGGAUGCUCCGUCGAGAAGAACCCUCGCUACAGACGCACCAUGGAGGACGAGCACAUCAUCAUCGACAACUUUGGAGACGAUCCAAAACAAGCCUACUUUGCCGUCUACGACGGUCAUGGAGGUCGUGGCGCUGUUGAAUUCACAGCCAAGACACUGCACAAGAACUUGUUGCUCGAGUUGAGCAAGGAAGGAGAUGUACUCGAUCAUAUUAAGACCAGUUACUUGACGACCGACAAGCAGAUGACAGAUGAACCAAUACAGUAUUCUGGCACUACCACCGUCACAGCCUUGAUUCGUGUGAAUGCCAACAACGAGAGAAUGCUCUACAUUGCCAAUGCUGGUGAUGCCCGUGCUGUCAUUGCCCAAAACGGAGUUGCUGAGCGAUUGUCACAUGAUCACAAGGGAUCGGACUCAAAGGAGGUUCAGCGCAUUAUAGAAGCAGGUGGAUUUGUAGUUAACAACCGUGUCAAUGGCAUGUUGGCUGUCACCAGAUCACUCGGCGAUCACUCCAUGAAGGAGUACGUCGUCGGUGAGCCAUUCAUGCGCACUGUCCAGUUGGACUCUACCUAUACACACUUGAUCUUGGCCUGUGAUGGUCUGUGGGAUGUCAUUAGCGAUCAAGAAGCAAUCGAUCUGAUUAUCAAUGAGACUGACGCACAGAAGAUGAGUGAUAGGCUGUUGACCCAAGCUUUGAAAAAGGGUAGCACUGACAAUAUUAGUAUUCUGGUCAUUAUCUUGUAA